UUCAAACACUAGCAAUGCACAUUUCUUCUCAUUUUCUUCAAUAGUUUUCGUUUUUGUUUUAAUUCAGCAAACAGUGAUUGGUCCUGUGUUUAAUAAAUUAAAAAUUCAUUAUUAAUUACAAUAAAUAUCCAUUAAUAUAAAUAUCCAGUUAUAUAAAUUGCUGAUCUGUGUGAUAUUAAUUAAAGCAACGAUGAAUCAGGUUCACAAUGAUCUUAAUUCCACGUGUCCAACUGUAGCGAUAACGAAUAGAAUGUCAGCUCCUGAUAUAAAUAUAGCUAAUCUGUCUUUCAAUGGAGAAAUUUAUUCAUUAGAAUUGGGAAACACUACUAUCGGUCGUUCCCGUAAGAAUGAUGUCCAUUUGGAUGAUGAUUCAGUGUCAGCGUUUCAUUCCAACGUGGAGGUGCGAAAUUCGGGUAUAUUCAUAACGGAUUUACAUUCUACAAACUCAACGUUUAUUGACAAUAACAAAAUUUUACCUCGAACAAGAUACCGUCUCACUCAUGGCUCGGUUUUAAAAUUUGGAAAUGUUGAAGGAAUGAUUGAAAUUUUCGGGUAUGACAUAAUAAUAAGAAGUGACUCACUUAUAUCCAAUUUCUCUUUGAGUAUGCAAACAGAAAGAAUUAGGGAAUCCGUCAGUUUUGAGGUGGGAUUGAAUUUAUCAUCGGACAUUGAAGUAGUUCACGAGAGAAGUGGUAUAAAUGUUGUCGAAGAAGUCUUAGUAAAUGCUGGUAUUGAUAAAGAUGAUGGUAAUGAUCAUAUUACUGAUGUUGCUAGACCGAGUGAUAAUGGUGUUAAAAAUGAUGAUGAUGGUGGUGGCAAAGAUGAAAAAAAUUAUGGUAAUAAUAAUGAUACGGAUGGCCCACAAAAUGGUGGUAAUGAUGAUAGUAAUUAUCAUCAUGAUGAAAAUAAAGAUAAUGAUAGCACAGAUAUAAUUGAUCUCAGUGAUAUUAGUGAUAAUGGAGUUGAUGAUGAUGUUGGUACCGAAGCUCAUGAAAAUGAUAAUAAUAACACAGGUAUAAUUGGUAUUGAUAAUAUUAGUGAUAAUUCGGUUGAUGAUGGCACAGAAGCUGAUGAAAAUGAUAAUAAUGAUAAUGAGGAUAAUGAUAAUAACGGUAAUGAUGUGGUUGGUCCACAAGGUAAUGAAAGCGAUAAUCAUAAUGAUGAUUAUGAUGAUAAUAGUGGUACAAAAGGUGAUAAAGAUAAUAAUAACACGUAUAUAAUUGGUUUUGGUUAUACUAGUGAUAAUGGGGUUGACGAUGAUAAUACCGAAGCAGAUGAAAAUGACAAUAAUGAUAAGGAUAAUGAUAGUGAUGUGGAUGAUCUACAAGAUGAUGAUAAUAAUAGUGGUGAUGAUGAUGAUAAUGAUAAUAGUGGUGAUGGUAGUGGUGGUGAUGAUAAUGGUGUCAAAGUUAAUGAUAGUAGUGAUGAAAGUAAUAAUAAUGAUGAUGAAAGUAAUGAUAGUGACGAUAAUAAGGAUAGUGUUAAUGACAGAAAUAAUGCUGGACAUCGUUAUUAUUUACGGAAAAGAGUAACAGAGAAACAUGUGUCGUUCGAUAAAUAUUUAUGUGCAAGGAAAAAAAAGUAAACUUAAAAAAUAUGUACAAUUGCCUUUUUUAAAAAAUGAGGCAUUUAUUUUUCUUUUCGAUUUUCUUAAAAAAUAUUUUAUUACCUAAAUAUUUUACUAAUUUAAUUGUAAAUAGAAAAAGCUGGUCUUUACUUUUACUAUAAGUUCUUUAUACUAAAAAUGAAUAGCUUACCUUAUUUUUAAGCGCUAGUAUGCAAUCAGUAUUGAUUGUAAUAAUAAAUUUAAACAAGUUGAGUGUUAUCUGAUUAAAAUGUUUUUGUUUGUAAUUUAUAUAUUUAAUUAAUAACCAAUUUAACUGAAUUCUUAUUUUAAUAAAUUAUAAAUCUGACUGAGGAAAAGACAACUAAACAUUUGACAAUUAAAAGUAAUAUUUAUAAAAGUCAUA